GACUUCAAGGGGUCCAGGCGACCUACUGAUGGCCGGGCCUGGGUACCAGAACAUCAUCACCACCGAUCUGGUGGAUGAUCCAAUGCUGACGGCCAACAACAUAAAGACCUUCAAGAAGGCCUACAAGGAGUUGUACAAUUUUGCCAUGAACAUGAUCACGCACUCUUAGAAGAAGUCCGAUAAAUUGAAAACAGUUGUGAGUGGUCACCAGGAGCUUGCUGCCAUGGAAAAACGCAUAUCCGACGAGAAGAUGAAGAACUGCUAUCUUCAGAGAGAGCUUGACAUGCUAAAGCAGGAACGGACUCGAGAGACAUGGCUUCUCAAGAACGAUCUACACAAUCUCGAGGAGCAGCUCAAGGAACAGAAGAAAGCGCACCAAGAUGAUGUCGAGAGGCUGCAGAAGGUAGUCACCGAUACUGAAGAACAGUUCGCCGACUACCUUCGGCAGAUCAAGACGAUGGGCGAGGAGAAGGAGCGGCGGCAUAAAGAGCUGGAGGACCUCAGGGGGGCCACCCAGAAGCUUGUGGAUAUGCUGAACCCUCCUGAAGAAGGCAAAACAAGCGAGCAAACCUUGCUGGAGCGACUUCUUGGAGCAUCACAGAAGGUCGCCAGUUUCCUCACCGAAGCCCCGGCUGCGUGUGUCAGCCAUGCACUUGCUUUUGUAAAGUCCUUUUGGCCGGAGGCUCAGCUAGAGAUGUUCGCGCAGGGAGUGGCAGCAGAGUGUACUGAAGAACAAUUCAAUUAGUACCUCCAAGAAGCCCAACCUGUAGCGGAACAAAUAGUAAAAAGUGUACUGCAG